AUGCAGUUUACGGAGAAGCAGGCAGCUGAGGUUAAGGGGUGGGUUGUUAAAAGGUUGGAGGAUAUAUCCGAUGCAGAUUCAGACGUGUUGGCGGAUUAUGUAUUGGCUCUGAUCCGCUCUGAUGCCCCCGAUGAGGAUAUCCGGAAGGCCUCCGUGGAGAAUCUAGAGGACUUUUUGAAAGAGAAUACCACCAGCUUCGUCGAUGAAAUCUUCGCGAAAUACAACCCAAAAACGUAUCAGCCAGUUCUUCCAACUCCUGACCAACCAACCUCGCACACCCCAACGCCAGUCGCACAACAACUAUUACCACAAUCCAUUCCAUUCCAACAACAAACAAAUGCCCCGGAAAAGUGGAUGCCAUCCGGUCACGGCCAGUCCAUGAACCAAAGUCCGCCAAAUAGAAGCUGUAGUUUUGAAGCCGGCGGCGCAACAUCGAACUUCAGCCGAAAACGCGCUUUCAAUGAAGGACCUCAGGCAGGCGAAGAGCAGGAUUCCCAUUACAACCGCGCUGAUCGACCGUUUAAAUCCUUGAGGGGUCGCCGGGGUGGGAGAGGGGACAAUAGAAUGGUUGCAACCGGCAGCAAUAUUAACCCUAACACUCAUAAUAAUAAUCAUGCACGACUUCUCGGGAUUGGGGGUUAUUUGAAUCCCAACCAGCAACAACAGCAACAGCAUGGCGGGUUUCAGCGAAUGCCUCCCGUUCGCGGCCCACCUCAUCCUUCUCCGACCAGCUUCCCUCCUUUCAACCCUAACGAUCCUAUCGCGACUAUGAUAGCCUUGCAGGCGAUGGGAUUCCCUCAGAUACCUGGGAUGCCACCGCUUCCUCAAAUAGCCACCCCAACCGGGGCACCUGGUCCUGGUCCAAACAGGGCACCACGAGUCGCUGGCUCGCCGCCAGCUAGCAUCCCACGCAGGUGUAGAGAUUAUGACACACAGGGUUUCUGUGUUUUAGGAAGCACGUGUCCGUUUCAGCAUGGGACAGAUCAUUUAGUAGCGCCUGCAAGGGAUGAUGAAUAUGACCCUACAAAGUCAAAUAUUGUUCUGGAUAGACCGCUCAGUUCAAACGCCACGAAUGGCCACGGCUCCUCAGGGCUUUCACGUGGAAGUGAGCGGGGACGAGGCCGCGGACGUGGAAGGGGUGAUAGAGGGGGGUUUAACAAUAGUCCCCGACGGAACCGGGCAGACUUUUCGCAGGCUGGGCCCAAUGAGGAUAGGUCAAUUACUACGAUCGUUGUCGAGCAGAUACCGGAGGAUAAAUUUGACGAGAAGAUUGUACGCGAUUUCUUUUCUGAGUUUGGCAACAUUGUCGAGGUCACGAUGCAGCCGUACAGACAUCUGGCCCUGGUGAAGUAUGACACGUGGGCCGCAGCACGGCGCGCCUGGGCCAGUCCGAAGGUUAUAUUCGACAACCGCUUUGUCAAGGUUUAUUGGUACAAGCAACCGACUGCCCAUAAAGCUGAGACCAAUGGCACUGGAACUUCUCAUCAUCCAUUUUCGCAGUCACCGGCAGGAAACAGGCCAGAUAUGAAGCCCUUUGACCAAGAGGAGUUCGAAAGGCAGCAAGCUGAAGCGCAAAGGCAGCACGAGGAAAAGAUGCGGAAACGGAAGGAGACAGAAGAAGCCCGGCUAGCUCUGGAGAAGCAGAAGGAAGAUCUAUUAAAGAGGCAACAGGAAGAGAAGGCAAACCUGCUACAUCGUCUUGGCGCGCAGCAGCACCAGCAUGAUGCCACCGCCACCACCAAUGGCCGGAAUGGCACGGCGCAUCGUUCUGGUGACUCAGAGAUGGGGCAAACGACCUCACCAUCCCCUGCUGAUGGAAAUGUUAGCGAACAGACGAAGUUGUUGCGCGAGCAGCUUGCUGCACUUGAGGCAGAGGCUAAAAGUCUAGGACUUGAUCCUUCCUCGCCGGAUUCGCGAUACCCAUCCCGCGGCCGUGGGAGAGGGUGGCGUGGUGGAAGUUAUCGCGGCGGUCGGGGUGCCUAUGACGCUGCUUUUGCCAGUUUCCGUGGAGGAUAUCGGGGGAUGGCUGCUGGGCCGCCACGAGGUCGGGGUGGGGUGUUGAGGCUUGAUAAUCGCCCGAAACGCGUUGCUGUGUCUGGUGUUGAGUUUAGUCCAGAGAGAGAUGAGGCGUUGAGGCAGUUUCUUUUGGGAGUUGGUGAAUACGAAAGCAUCGAGCCAAACCCAGACCAACCAGACUCGCAAAUCAUUUCUUUCAAAGACCGGUACGUCGCGGAGAAGCUGAUGUACGGUCCCAGCGAAAUACCGUCAAUAGGCAAAGUAGAGUUCACCUGGGUCGCCAACAACUCCACUUCGUCAAGGAGCACACGAGCCGGCUCUGUCUCUGCCUCUGCAUCCUCCUCUGCACAGCAACACCAGCAACAGCAACAUCAGCAACAAGCGGAGAAAGGAGGAGAUGAUGAUGCAGUCAUGGGAAAUGGGGGGCAUCACAAUGAAACUGAUUCGAUGCUGCGAAAGGACGCUGGCGGCGCUCAUGAGGUUGAUUAUGAUGUUGCGGAGAUGGAUGAUGCUUGGGAGGUUGAGUGA